AUGGUGAAACGAUAUACUAUUUUGGCUAGUCACCAUUUGAAUGAUCAUUUUGUUAACUUUGAAUUUUAUGCGACUGAAUCGAAUCGAAGGCUCUGGUUGGAAAGAAUACAGAGAUUAUCAGCCAAUGAUCACCUAUGCAUAAGUCAUUCUGCUCGUUGGUCAGCCAAACGACUCUUAUACAAAUAUACGCACACGCAUAUAAAUAUCGUACCUCUUGUACCACUGCGCAGCGUCUGA